AGCGGCGCUGCCGCCGCAGCCAAUGGAGGGCGCGGGCAGCAGCGCUGCCGCCGGGGGACGGGGGGCGGCGGGGGGGGCCCCGCCAAUCGCGGCGGGCCGGCGGCAGGGAAACACUAUUAUGCUAAUGGUGUUUUGCUCGCACUCGCGGCGAGCGGGGUUUAAAAGGCAGCGGCCGGGGGCAGGGGCUCAAAGGCGGGAGGCAGGGCUGGUGUGAACGUGAGCGGACAGGUCGGGACGGGAGGUGAGGAGAGGAGCGGCGGGGGGGCAUCUGCUCCUUCCCAGCCCACCGCGUCCUGCCCGGCGGCGAUGUCCAACGUGCACCUCUCCGGCGCCGCCGCCCUGGAGCGCCUCUCCGCCCGGAGAGCCCUGGCCGGGAACGGCCGCAGCCCCGUCUGCAGGAGCCUCUUCGGACCGGUGGACCACGAGGAACUGGGCCGGGAGCUGCGGGAGCGCCUGCGGGAGAUGGGGGAGGACGACCAGCGCCGCUGGGACUACAACUUCCAGACCGACACGCCGCUGCCGGGGCCCGGCCGCCUGCGCUGGGAGGAGGUGGAGGCCGGCGCCGUGCCCGCUUUCUACCGGGAGACUCUGCAGGUGGGACGGUGCCGCGUCCCCCUCCUCCAGGCGCCCCCUUCCCCGUCGCCAUCCCCCGCCGCCGGAAAGGGGCCCGGGGGGCGCCUAAGCCGGGAGAACCGCGCCGCGCCCCGCCGCCGCGGCAUGCGGCCCCGCCGGAGGGGCCCGACGGCCCGCAUCACAGAUUUCUUCGCGAGGAGAAAAAGGCCGGCGGAGCCCAAGGCGGCGGCGGAGCGUCCAGCCGGCUGCCCGCCGCCCCCCGCCGCCGUGUCCGACUUUUGCACUACUGCACCCACGGGAGAGGCGCGCCGCCCCCGGAGGCGCGGCGCCCCGGAGGCACGGGGGGCCGGGGCGGGCGGCGUUGCGAGGUGGGACCCCCUCCGUGCCCGCCCGGACCGGGAGCGGGAGCUGGAGCCGGAGCGAAGCCGGAGCGCCUGCCCACCGGCCGCGCACGGAGCAGUGUUAAAAGUACAGCUGUGCAAUGUAUGA